GCUCGCGCGGAUGGAGGGACGAGUCUCAUCACAUGGUCCAUAUGCCCGGAGAAAGUGAGCGAUCAUCGCAGCCUCUGCGCUCUCGAAACUCAAUCAGAGUAGGCGGCAUCCGCGGCGGAUGAACCGAGAGCUCGAGACCAGCCACGAUGCCCAGCCUGCAGCGGUGCGCGCCGGAGGAGAGCUGAGGAGUCAUGCCGGAGGAGAGCGCACAGUAGAAGUCUCUCGCUGAGGAGGGCUGGGAUGCUGCGCGCCGCAUCUCUCUCUCUGGCUCUGUGAAACGCACGGUGCCCCGGACGAGCCGUACGGCAGGACCUGUGUGUGUGUGUGUGUGUGUCUACAGCUCAGUGGAAUGAUUUCAGAUCUCCCCAAGGUGCUGAUUCUGGGGGCCAUUGCCGCCGCCUCUGCUUUUGUGGUCACCAUCCUUAUCGUCCUGGUGUGUGUGGGGUGUCAGAGAAAAAACAAAAGCAAACAUGGCCACACCAACGGAGGGGCUCAGAAAAAGGAAACGGCCGCUCUGCGCCAGUCCAAGCUGAACUCAAUGAGUAAAUCUGACACCCGCCUGCACGACAUGCACAGGCUGCCCUGCAACGCCAACGGCGCCCCUAAGAGCCGGCCGGCCAGCAUGGAUCUUCUUCUCCUGCACACCCGCCGCUCCAAUUCUGACCUCCGUCCCAGCUCGGCCCGCCAGCUGCCUCGUGCUGCCAACAAAAACGACCACGAGGAGCGCGAGCACACCUACUCCGAGGUCUGCCGCCGCUUCUCUCCAACGUCCCACCCGCCAGAUGACGGCCUGUACGAGAGCGUAGGCAUCAAAGGGGCGGGGCCCGACAAAGCUGCCCCGCCCUCCGCCCCGAUGUCAACGAACACGCCCGCUCAGCGCCGUGCCCACAGCCCGACGGCCGACGGGAACGGCCGGGGUGGAAGCAGAGGAGGCGUGAACGGCGUGAGUCAAGACGAAGUGACGGCAGAGUACGCCUCCAUACGGAAGGUGAAGAAGCUGGAGCGCGGCAGGAGGGAGGAGGUGGCGGAGGAUGGAGAAAGGGAGCACCAGAGCGUGUCCAGCAGCGAGUCCUCCAGCAGCACUUUGCCUAGGAAAACAGUGGAACCGUUUCACCUACCCAAUUUCCCAAAGGAGGCGGUCUUCAUGGGCAACGGAGAGCAGUACAUCUGGAAGCCGCCAGAAGAAGAAGAGAUGAUCGUGCCAGGGGUUCCUCAGCUGGAGAACGGACACGGCCAUCCCACCGCCGUGGAGAUCUCUGACAUGUACUCUACCGUUUGUAAGACCCUGAAGAGGAGACACCAGCAGGGUCAAAGCCAGGAGGAUAGCAGGCCGACUGUCCCUGCUGCGUCCCAAGCGGUGGAGCGGGGCGGUGCGGGCUGGCCUUCCGCCGGUGCUGCAGGGGAAGAACCGUGGGGGAGGAGCGGCCCCCAGGAAGAGCCCUGCUACGAGCCUGUAGGCGAGAAGACGUGGCCCCGGGGCCUGGCGCAAGAGUCAGACCCGGCCUACGCCACAAUCGAUUCCCACCGGAAACGAGAGAAGCUGGCCAGCAACACACUGAAGCCGAAAAAGAAACCCGCACAGGGUCCGGGCAGAGCAAUGACCUGCGAGAAUUUUUACGAGACUAUCGGCGACGUGAAGCAGGGAGCAAACGCAGCGAGCACCACCACUAUCUUUACCUUUAACGACGGCAUGGAAAUGUACGUUACGGGGCUAUAAAAAAAAGCCUGACUUAAACCGUCAAAUUAAACACCUACAGAGGGGGGAAAAAAUACAAACUGUAGCCCUCUGACAAAUGAGAAGAUACACAGCCUACAGCUGCCAAACACACGCCAACCUACAUAACCACACAACCGAUGUAUAUUUAUUCUAACCAUAGGAGUGCACAAUCAGCUGCAGACAAUACAACACUGAAUUGGCUAAACCAGGCCUGCAGCCGGGCUGUUUUUAGCUGACAGGCAUGCUUACCAAAUCCUGGGGUCUAAACUGGUUUUUCCACCAUGCUGCAGUUGCUAAUGAUAGUUUACUGCAGGGUUCAAAUCAAUAUGACUUUAGGACUCACCGUAGCACUGGGGAGUUUGCAUCCGAUUAUGUACACUGCCAGCCAAACGUUCGGAGUAAUUAAGAGUUUUUGUAAGAAGUCUCUCACUGCAAAAACAAAUUAUUACAAUUUAAAAUAACUGUUUGCUAUAUGUACAUACUGUAAUAAGUAAUACGUUAUUCCUGUGCCGCAAAGCUUAAUUUUCUGCAUUAGUAGGCCUAUACUCUUCAGUGUGACGUGAUCCUUCAUAAGUAGGUACUGAUGCUGAAAAUUCAGCUUUCCAUCACAGAAAUAAAUGACGUCUAUGGAAAUAGAAAACAUUUAAAAUUGUACUAAUAUUUGUGCAUUACUGGUCAAAAAUACAGACUGGGUGAAGUCUGAACUUCUUUCAGGAACGUAUCUUAAUUGUUCCAAGCUUUUGACGGGUUGUGUAAAAUCACAAAGUGCACAGUGUUGGUCAGCCCCACUGCCGUGUGAGCACUACCUGCGCAUUAAGACAGGGAUCACAUGAUGAGACGUCAGUUUAACCCCCUCCGCUCCCGCUCUGAAAACACACCUGACUGGUUCUCUCAGCUUGAGACUGCCAGCCACCACCACAGUGUUAGUUCAGCUGAAACAACAGAAUACAGUUAACUUCUCUUGUUUUCCACCUUAAUAAUAUGUACGUGGUGUGACAGUUUUAGGUGGUGUACAUACAGUAUGUCUGGUCAUUUUUCAGCACGCAUGUAACUUGCCGUCAGGCCCAAGUGGAAUCUGCAGAUUUUUAUUUUGCACUGAUCUUGGAGAAGAAAAUGCUGUCGGGUUUAAUGAAGCUACCUGGUUAUCUGAAUGCAUUAGAUACCGUAUAUAAUAAGAUUAUUUAUAUGCACCAGUGCUCAAAAGUUUAGGGUCAUUUAUUUAAUCAAACAUACGGUCAAAACAGCAAUAUUGUAAAAUAUUAUUACAGUUCACAAUGACUAAUUCCUAUUUCAAUAUAUUUUCAAAUGUAAUUUAUUCCUGAUUUGAAAAAGUUGAAUUUUCAGUAAAUAUUUGUUCUAAUUAUUAUCACUGUUGAAAAUAGCAGUGCUAUUUUUUACAUUUUUAAAAGAUUUUUUCAAUGUAAGAACGUUUCUUUAAAACUAUUAAGUAUUUUGUGACUUUAUAUCAGCUGAAUAAAAUGAUACAUUUUCUUUAAAAAAGAAUAAAAUAAAUAUAUUACCGACCCCAAACAUUUGAACUGUAGUGUGGGUAUCUCUAUUUAAAUAAAAAAUACUUUUGCAGAGCUUUCUGUGGAGUUUUGCGGAUGCAGAUUCUACGUGGGCCUGCUCAAAGGUCACUCUAUGGCUGUGUAAGUGCAUUAGCUCAAAUUUUUUUGGGAUUUUCGGUUAUUUCGUCUAUAGCAUGCCACUUCUGCCCAAUCUUUGGAUGUGUCAGGUAGUUUUAGUGAUAUGCCACUCGUUUCUCACAAGAUUUGACAUUUUUGCAAUAUUAACGGAAUGGAAAGUAGGAAAAAAGCGAAGCAGGAAUAUUUCGGGAUGCCUCAGCCUAGCUAGUUAACGUGUCAUUUUCAAUGGCUGUUGUUAACAUGCGAGUUUAUGAGGCUUGUAGCGUCAGUGUGCUGGAACGUUGCGGUGUGUGUACAGAGGGCAAUAAAGGCUUCUAGUUUGGCCGGGGCCGCUCUCGAUCCACUGUUCUCAGGUCAGUGUGUGCCAGCACUGCUCCCCGGCUCGCUGGGCCUCUGGCUGGCUUAGCCGUCAGCAGCAUUUCAUGGAGACAGUGUCCAAGGAAAACACAGCGCAAGGCUUAUGGUUGCUAGUAAAUGUCUUUUGGAAGGACGUCUCAUAUUCUGGGCUGUCUGUGCGACUUGAUCCUAUUGUAAACAAUGCCUUUCCUACAUGCAUUACGGGAGCUUGGAUUAGGAUCGGGGGGAAAUAAUAGCACAAUGGAGCAACCUCUGCGAGGGGAAGCCAUUCGAGAUGAUCCCCAAAGACUUCCAAGGGCCAUCGGCAUGAAAUAAAACAUCUCCAAUCAAUGCAUGGUCGGUGAUUUUACUACACCAUGUCUACUCAGAUCACUGAAGUCUGUUAGAGGGCUACAGGAAAGGGAUUUUGGGAUUCGAGAGGGCCAAAUUAUCAGCUCAGGGAUGGAUAGACGGAGUUCAUUAAGGAAAAAAUAACCAAUAUACUGUCCUCAUCCAUGUCACAUGCAACCUCUGGUGAGAAACGUUGGGUUUGUCAUGUCAGUUUUAAUAUAUAAUAAGAUGAAAGAUUUUUAUGGCACUCUAUUUUCUUAUAAAAUUGUAUUGGUUAACUGGUUUCCACUUGUAGCAACGUGUUGAGAAAGCUACUAUCACUGCCAUUCACGUGUUCCACUGUUCUGUUCAAGUAUAGGCUGCAACUAUUUCCUUGCUCGCAACGCAUGCUUCUUUAAACAAAAGUUGUUUUGUUUUUUUAUUUCUCCUCUCUGGUGCAUCAGAUAUAAUGUAUGAUUCAUUCCCGUGCCUCUCACUAUAAGACAUAGUGCCAAAAAAACGGAAUACCGGUCACCAAAUGGGAAGUGGAGACGCCACGGGCAACUGCUUCUGAGAGGUUAUGGAUCUUCUCAGGGAGCACAAAGCACAUAUCUGGUCCAAGACUCGUCCGAAAACGGUGGGGAUCUGAUCUCGAUGCAGCAGCAGGCCCUCCCUGCUGUUAUUAACAUGUGUCCUUGAGAUUUGACGUCUGCCAUAUUGAGGGAGGAAGUGUGCUCCACUUUAGCUUUGGCUCUGCGGUUCCUCCCAAUCCCGAUUCUGUCUUUCUAGCACAGGGCUCGCAUUGUAUUGCGAGGCAGAUCGGUGCUUUUGAUGUUGUCACUUCUGAGAGAGGCUGGGAGAACCGAUCGUCUCCGUUUUUGAUGAAAACGAGAUCUUUCAGGGUGUGAUUUGUACAGGUUGCAGAAGGUUUUAUUGGUUUUUCAAUCAUUUGUUCGUUUUCUUAAAAGAGGCCGAGAAAUGACAUGCCCAAAGUAUAUUUAUUGGCAAGUAUGUAAAUAAAAUAUCUAUUAAAAAUCCAUCUGCUUGCGUUCAACAGACGUAUCGACUGACGUGAUGCUUCUUGUUCAAUCAACCAUAUGUGGUUUAACAGAAACGGACAUUUCUACCAUAACAAACCAGACCAAAUCGCAUGUAUAUAGAGCGUACUGCAAUGCAACAUAACUAUAUUAUUAAAGGAAAAGCUCUGGUGUUGGUGUUUUAAAAAGCAAUGAAAGGUUUCUACUUCUGCUGUUUAGGCUGUAUGUUGUGAAGUGUGUACAUAGUAACACUGCUUCCCCAGCAUAUGUCCUUGGCUUAACUGAGUUUAUGUGUGGUCCACCCAAAGUGUAACACAGAGUAUGGUGUUUAAAAAAAAACAAAUCUGUUUAGUAAUAUUCUGUGCAAAAAAGAUUGUAAUGUUUUCUAUAAAAAAAAAAAUCAUUCAUAUAAAUAUUUGUUUUUACUUUUUUAAUAAAGUUGCACCUUACGA